CUGAUGUCUCCCUAGGAAACGUCCCCCUCCCGUCCGCUUGCGGGAACCUUUGUUUCUCGCUUCUGAUGCCGGUUAGGGCAGGGACGGGUUCGGAAAGAGCGGCCGGGAACGGACAGAGUGGCGGGGCGGAGCGGUCUUUGCAAUGGCUGCUACUGUGAACUUGGAACUUGAUCCCAUUUUUCUGAAAGCCCUGGGUUUCUUACACUCCAAGAGUAAAGACUCUGCCGAAAAACUAAAAGCACUGCUUGAUGAGUCUUUGGCCCGGGGCAUUGAUUCAAGUUAUCGUCCAGCUCAAAAGGAUGUGGAACCACCCAAAAUUUCAAGCACAAAAUCUAUUUCUAUCAAGCAAGAACCUAAAGCAUCGUCUAGUCUCCCUUCUGGCAGUAAUAAUGGCAAAGUCCUCGCAGCAGAAAAGAUAAAGAAAGAGGCCGAAAAGAGACCCGCUGAUAAAAUGAAAGAUGUCACUGAAGGAGUUGAUAUUCCAAAGAAACCUAGAAUGGAGAAACCAGAGACACGCUCUUCUCCCAUUACUGUCCAAACCAGCAAGGACUUAGCUAUGGCUGACCUCUCCAGCUUCGAAGAGACUAGUGCUGAUGAUUUUGCCAUGGAGAUGGGCUUGGCCUGUGUUGUCUGUAGACAAAUGACAGUGGCUUCAGGAAAUCAAUUAGUAGAAUGUCAAGAGUGCCAUAACCUCUACCACCAAGAUUGCCACAAACCCCAAGUGACAGACAAAGAAGUGAAUGACCCUCGUCUGGUGUGGUACUGUGCCCGGUGCACCAGACAAAUGAAGAGAAUGGCUCAGAAAACUCAGAAGCCCCCACAGAAACCAGCUCCCACUGUUGUUUCUGUGGCCCCAGCUAUCAAGGAUCCGCUAGUUAAGAAACCAGAAACCAAACUUAAACAGGAGACAGCCUUCCUAGCAUUCAAGAGAACAGAAGUCAAGCCACCCACAGUUAUUUCAGGAAAUUCUUCUGGUAGCAACGUGUCCUCGUCAGUAACUAGCGGCCUAACUGGAUGGGCAGCUUUUGCAGCCAAAACGUCGUCAGCUGGUCCAUCAACUGCAAAAUUGAGUUCAGCAGCGCAAAACAACAGUGGAAAAGCUGCUGCCUCGUCAGCUAACCAGAAGCCCGUGGGUUUGACUGGUCUGGCAACGUCAUCCAAAGGUGGAAUAGGUUCCAAAAUAGGUUCUGGUAACAGCUCUUCCCCUUCAGUACCCUUGAAACCACUCCCACCCCUAACCUUAGGCAAGACUGGCCUGAGCCGCUCAGUUAGCUGUGAUAAUGUCAGCAAAGUGGGUCUUCCCAGUCCUAGUAGUUUAGUUCCUGGAGGCGGCGGGCAGCUGAGUGGGAAUGGAAAUAGUGCUGCGUCAGGGCCCAGUGGGAGUGCCACAAGCAAAACCACAUCAGAACCCAGCAGCGGCCCCUCAGCAUCGCUUAAAGGGCCAACUUCCCAGGAAUCGCAGCUCAACGCCAUGAAGCGAUUACAGAUGGUCAAGAAGAAAGCUGCCCAAAAGAAACUCAAGAAGUAAUGUGGCCAAAUAGGUUUUUAUAUCAUAUUGCUCUAAAGAUAAAAAAAAAAUCCUUAUUGGGACAAAACAUGUAAUAUACUGUAACUUAAUUAAAAAAAAACUUGAUGAUCACAUCUCUAUUGUUACGUUAAAGUGCUAAUACUAUUUAGCCAAACUUGGAACCGUUUAUUUCAAUCUGUUCAGUAUUUUUAUUUUAAUAGCUUCCACAAAGUGUGAAAAUAGUGAUUAUAAUGACUGAUUUACGAUGAGACCUUCAGGAGAUUGAUGGCAUAUGCAAAUGUAAAGAAAUGUUCACCUGGCAAAAUACCCCAAGAUUUAAAUCUCCAGCAAUAAAGUACCUAUGGGUGACAGGGAUGACUCAAUAUAGUGUUUUAUAAUUGGCUCUCUGCCUUAGGGGGAAAUCUCUCCCUCUCGCUCCUGUGAACUCUAGACAUAAUGUGAUCCUACAUGAGGUGACUCAAGUCAUUGCCUUGUAAGCUAAUGAGUUAGUUGGCCAUCAGUUUAUGUAUAUAUUCCAACAAAGAAUAGAAUGCUUUCAGUAUCAGACCAAUAAAUAUAUUAUAGCAAAAUGCAGCAUCCUUUUUACAGUCAACAAAUACCUCAUCUUUUCCUGAAACUGAGUCUUGUGAUUUCCUAUAUUCACUGAGUAGAAUUGUUUUAUCACCCCUGAUGUGUCCUACAAAAUCUGAUCUCAAAACAUCUUCCUGUAUCCCUCGGUUUCCUAGCAUCAUUACCCUAAAAUAAAUUGAUAAAUAGUCUUUGUAAAGAUAAAA